AUGUCGCGAGACGCUGCCUGGAAAGCCUCCUACAACGAGGGUGUGAAGCACUUCCGCGAUGGGCAGUCGGAGAAAGCGGUAGCAUACUUUACCAAGGCGAACGAAAAGGCCAACGGAAAGGUCUAUCAGAUCCUCGACUCACGUGCUGCCGCGUAUGAGAAGCUUGGGAGGAUUGCGGACGCUCUGCAGGAUGCGAAGAAGGUCAUCGGGGUUGCACCACAGCAGUGGCACGGAUAUUUUCGGGCCGCGCGCCUGUUUCAACAGCUCGAGAAGUAUGAGCACGCAAUGAAGAUGUCACAGUACGCGCUUGAUCGCCUCCCGAGCGACGCGAAGAACGCAAGCAGGCGGACUACGCUACUCGAGUUGCAAUCCGCCGUGACUGAGGCGCAGGAAGAGGCCAAACGAGCCUCCACGAACCACAUCUCGAAACUACCAGUCGAACUGCUGAGCCUUGUCUUUCAAUACGUCAGCAACACCCCCGCAUACCCCGCCCGAUUGACUCACGUCUGCACGCACUGGCGAUCUGUGGCUUUGACCACACCCUCCCUUUGGCACACGCUCCAUCUUUCAAAGCCGCCCGCUGUCAGAGCUGCGGCGAAAGCCAAGGCUUGGAUAGAGCGCUCUCGAGGGAACAUCACUUCAUUGGUCUUCGGUCACUCGCUCGCAUCAUCCAUCUUCGGUACCAUGAGCUUCAACCCCCAAGGGAGGCAACUAGUCGUAGAUGAGCUCGGACGGAUGGAUUGGGAUAGAGUCGACUCCCUGACACUGCCAUCUGUCGAUCCCACCCACUUCCGCGAGGCAAUGCAGGACGUAGGCUUCGAAGAUUACGAACGCCGAGUACGCGAAUUGAACAUCAUCAAUCCCGGAGGCGUGUUCCCCAUGUAUAACGCCGGACCCGACGAUACCUUUGCAUUACGUUCUCUCAAGUUGGAUUCCCUGUCGAGUUGCGACUUCGAUGGUCUUAGUGCACGCACGGGGAACCUGGUUUGCCUUGACGUACGCAAUUAUCCGCGCGUUGGCUCUUACGAAGGGAUCCGACAACUCCUGCGAGCCAACACCGCACUUGAGGAGAUAACCCUGAUGUUCGCGUCCACAGCGCUAGUACCCUCUGUCGACCGCUUCGGUGAAGAUAUCAUCACCCUCCCUCAUCUUCGCCAUUUGGACCUACAAACGGUCUCCGAUCCACUCUUGAUCCUGAACCACAUCAGUACACCCAACCUGCAGGUCCUGCGGCUAGGCUCAGUCUUGCGCUGCCUUCCCUACAUGAAGACACUCAUUGAAGAUGCCAAUAAGCCCGCAACAAACCUUCGAGAGCUGACCCUUGUUGCCACGCCUAUAUCACCUGGCAUGUUGGUAACCUUUUUGAACGCGUGCCAUUCUCUCACUUCGCUGAGGAUAUGCGCUUCGGGGGAGAAGAUGAACGAUGUCGUCAAAGCUUUGACGGCUGAGCGUGUCCCCACCCAUGAAACGGAGCCGCCAUCGCUGCCUUGCCCCUCGUUGCGAAGUGCCGACUUCUCCCGCUGUCCUCAGCUCAGCAUCGGGCCCCUCCUCGAGUUGGCAUCGACAAGAGCGCGCCUCGCGGACACUGCAGCGGAGACCGAAGAUACGGGAUCCCCCGCACGCUUGCAAUCUCUGGUCCUGGAUGAUUGCUCCGGACUUGAGCUCAGCCAUAUUCCGCGCCUCCGUGCGCUCGUCCCCGAAUUGAGCCAUCGCACAACCGUGACGAAGGAUCGGAGACGUUAG